GUCACACAUCCUAGGUUUGGCAUUUGUAGAGGAGUAGGGAGUGUUGGGAAAGUCUUUUUCAUCCACACCCAACACUUAAUUCCUGAGUUCUAGACAAGUCAGGUCAGAAAUCCCCGGGCAGGAGGAUACGACGGAAGCUGAGGAGUGAAGUUUGGUGAUUGUCUUGCAGCCAUGUCCUAUCCCAGUGCCCCUCCGCCGUACAAUGAUCGAGACCCAUUAAAUCAUCCUGGUGGAUACCCUCAACCUGGUGGAUACCCUCAACCUGGUGCAUAUCCUCCUAGUGGUUACCCACAGCCAGGAGGCUAUCCUCCCCCAUAUGGACCGCCUGGUGAUUUCUACGGACAGCCUCAACCUGGCGGGUACCCUCAGCCUGGGGGAUAUCCAGAACCUGGACGUAAUGAGCCUCCCAAGCCGGUGAUGCCAAUGCUUCCGAAUAUCCCACUCAACCCAGGCGAUUCCAGUAUAUACAACACAACUGACGGGGAAGGGCAGUUUGGUUCCUGGGAUGACAAAGCCGUACGUCACGCGUUCCUCCGCAAGGUAUACUCCAUCAUUGCGCUGCAGUUACUGGUCACGGUGGGAAUUGUCGCCAUCUUCACCUACGUGGAGCCCUUGUACAUGUUUGUAAGAAGGAAUCCGGCUGUUUACUAUGUAUCCUAUGCUGUGUUCUUUGUUACAUACAUGGUUCUUGCCUGCUGUCAGGGGCCAAGGAGACGCUUCCCAUGGAACGUGAUUCUUCUGAGCUUAUUUACGCUCGCCAUGUCUUUUAUGGCUGGUACAAUUGCAAGUUUCUACAGCUCAAAGGCCGUGCUGAUCAGCCUGGGAAUCACGGCCAUCGUCACCAUCGCUGUGACCGUCUUCUGUUUCCAGACUAAGGUGGACUUCACUUCCUGCGCUGGACUCUUCUCUGUGCUGGGAAUCGUCCUCUUCAUCACGGGCAUCGUGACCGCCAUCGUCCUGGCAUUUAAAUACAUAUACUGGCUACAUAUGCUGUACGCUGCUAUCGGGGCCGUCGUCUUCACUCUGUUCCUGGCCUAUGAUACCCAACUGGUGAUCGGAAAUCGGAAGCACACUAUCCACCCGGAGGAGUACGUGUACGGCGCCAUGAAGAUCUACACCGACAUCGUCUACAUCUUCCUUAACCUGCUGCAGAUUGUGGGGAGCAGGACGUAGAAGGACCCCCCCCCCGAUCCUCCCGCCUCGGAGUGGUCACCGCUAGGGAUGAGCGAAUCGACUUUGGAUGAAACAUCCGAAGUCGAUUCGCAUAAAACUUUGUUCUAAUACUGUACGGAGCAGGAGCUCAGUACAGUAUUAGAAUGUAUUGGCUCCACUUGGAAACA